AUGGCGGCAGAGCCCCGGCGCCCGUGGGCCCAGGCGCGCAGCGCGUACGGUGCCAGUGAGGCGCUGCGGCGCGCGGUGGGCCGCCGGCCGGACCCCGGGCCGCAGCCCCACAGGCCGAGCCCCAACGAAGCCCGCGCCCCAGGCCGCCUGGCGCGCCCGCGGUGCCAGCUCCGGGCUGAGGCGGCGGCGCGGGCCGACGCGCCCCGGCUGCCACGGCUGGUGGAGCGCGCGGGGGCCGCGGCGGGGGCCGGGAAGCCUGAGGAGGCGCGCAGCCGCGGCUCCGUGUGCUCUGUGUGCGGGGAGCCGCGCGGCGGGGCCACCUACCCGGCGGGCGUCUUGGAGGUGAGCGAGCGGCAGCUGCAGGAGGGCCUGGCGGCCGUGCGCGCCGAGCUGGGCGCGGGGCUGGAGGCGCUGCGCGCGGAGCUGCGGGCCCAGAUGGACGCCCUGCGCGCGCUGCUGCCGCCUCCGCCACCCGCUCCCCGCGAGCCCCGCGUUCCUCGCGGCCCGGCCCUGCUGCGGGCGCUGGGCACCGUGAAUGCCCUGGCUGCGGGCGCGAGGCCCACCGACAACGCCUCGGACAGCCCGGCCGACGGCGGCGCGAGCCGGGCCCCGGCCCGGAAGAACCUCAAGAAGACCCCGCCCGGGGCCCCGCAGGGCGGCGGGGAUUAA